AUGCUGCUCGACGAAGACCCCGCUACUCUCAUCCAACACACGAUCGGAAACUUCAACAUCAACCCUGACAAACUCGCCGUAACCCGAAUCAAUGAAUCCUUGACAGCACUACAACAAUCGCGUGACCUGCGCAUCCGCGAAGCAGAGACUGCUCUCCGGAAACUAUCGCGCAACCUGAAAUCCCUUGAAACGAACUAUGAGGAGACCGUGGCGGCACAUGAUCCGGCUCGUCACGCGCAGGAGAUUCUCGAACUCGAUGCACAAAAGUUUCGAAUUGCAAAAGCUGCAUCCGACUUAGAGAUUGAGUCGGAGCGUUUAGAGGCUGAUUUGGAGGUAUUGAAGGAGCGAUUGGCGGAGCUCGAGGCACAGGGUCUGGAGGGCGAUGAGAUUGUGCGCCGCGAGAGGGAGGCUGAUGAUGCUACAAUAUUACGACUCAAAGUCUAUCGCUCCCUCGGAAUCGAUGUCGAAGCAGACGAUGCUGGCAAUUACAACAAGGCUAUUAUCCGUAACAGUCGCAAGGGCGAUGUUCAUGUAGUCAACAUCGAUCCGAAGUUCUCCCGAUUUUUCUACGCAAACUACUUUUGGCAAACUAUGCAGGGUUGA